UUUCAAAGCUGUAUGAACCUCCACACACACCGCACUCCUCUGAACCUUGACCCCACUCUUCAAAACCCUUUCUAUACUCUCAAAUACAAAGUAGUACUGUAGACAAUGUACAUUUUAUUCCUGGUUUUGUUCUUUUCAUGAAUAUGAAAAAAAACAUCUCCAGUAGGUGAUUGGUGCUAUUGUGAGGGAACCCGAAUUGUCAGCAAAUGGAAGUUUUUGUAUCUUAAAGGGGAAAGGUCAACGGGGCCACGUUGAGCCCAGUUGGAGCUCGAGCAGGCCUAAUGAGAUGGAGAUGAACACGAGUCCUGUACCUUCGUUUGCAACUGCAGCAAUAUUUGCCGAAUGUUUGCCAUUGACACUCAGGCAACUUGCGGCUCUACAUCCUGCCUGUACCUUCUUUUUUGUUUGUUUUUUAAAGAAGUGGACCAAAAUGCACGUUUGCCGUAGACCCCGCAUACUCACGGUGCGCCACCCACAGUUUUCUGCAAUUUGUAAAUGGCAAAAAAGAUCAUUUUGUUUUGUCCUUUUUGGGCACAACCAACCGCGGAGAACGCCGAUUGGCGGCUUUGGGCGUUUCCGACGAAUGGGAACGCUAGUGAAGAAUUUUGGGGGGUUUGAUAUUUAUUUUAUUCCAUGCAGUUUGAAUGGCUGUCAAUCAUCUGCAGCUGUUUUGCUGUUUGGGGUCCUCUCUGUCCAUAAGAGCAGAAGUUGCCGUAAACGCUUUGCAACUCACGCUGUGGACUUCUGAAAUGCUGGAAAUGUUUCUCCACGAGGGCGUCUUCCUCUUUUGGUGACGCAGCGUUUGGGAUGAAGUCAUUAACGUCAAGUGACGCUCGUGGAAUGCGCCCACUAGUGGACAAAAGCAGCAAAUGAAUCCUUGCGAAAAAACUACAAAGUACGUACGCAGUUCGAACUUGUACGUGAUCGGUGGCCCCAUUUAAACGGACUUUUUUUUUUUUUUAGGGAAACUGACGGUUUACGUACUUAGAAGGAUUGAACAUUUACAGAGACAAAUUAGCCGGCGCACUGCAAAUUGCAUCUCAGUCCAGUCCAGUACUAAGUGGAAAAAGAACUAUUCCUUUACAGUUACUGAAACAAAAACGUAAUCGGAUUACAGGUACAUUGAUUAAACUGGUACUAUUUUGCUGGAUUGCAAUUCGAAUUUUCCACAAUUAGCGGCACAUUUGAAUCCCGAGUUUUAUUAAACAUUUACAGCGCAACGCAGAAAAUGCAUCUAUAUUUUCAUUGAUUGAAUGUAUUUUGUCGUAUUUGGUGUAUUUGAAAGUGAGCAAGUAGUUAAAUGACUUUAAUAUUGUAGUACUUGAAUUACGUUACUGACGACAUUUGAUGAGAUUUUUAUAACCAGGUGACGAGUAACUAUCGGAAUCCAUUUUGAAAGGAACCUCCCAACCUGAUGAUCAGCGCAAGCGGAAAUCGUCACUGAGCGUCACGUGAUGAUGAUGAAGGAGCAUGUGUGCAGUGAGGCCGUGUGAACGCCAGGUGGUGCCACCGUAUCACGUGGUGAUGACAAAGAAAGCAGAAAAAGUUUUUCAUGAGAGCAAAAUGUUGACGUUUCACUUUUCUUUCGUCAUUGUUGACAUAAAUGUACACGCCACCGGAUGUCGUCACGCUUUUAUUUUGAAGGGAACGGGUCCGACUAUGUCUUUUAUUUUGAAGCCGAAAGGUCCUAAAACGUCUCAUCAUGUGAUGACUUGACUUGAAUUUGGAAGAAAAGUCACCCUCCAAUAACUGGAUGACAUUUAUUCUGAAGGGAGCAUGUCCUCCAAGAAUUUGGAAACUUUUACUUUGAAGUAAGCUCCUCCUAUGAUGACUUUUAUUUUUUCGGAAGAAUGUCUUCUGACGACUUCACGAGCUAUUCUACUAACUUUUAUUUUGAAAGGAGCAUGUUCUGCAAUGACCUGCGGGCUUUUAUUUGGAAAGUCUGCCGUCCUGUAAUGUGUUUCCGUAUUGCUUCAUGACUUUGAUUUAUUUUUUAACCAGCAAGGUAACAAGAAUAUACGGCAGGGGGAAAUGACUUUGAUGAUGAUGACGAUCGGAUUGUUGCGGGUGACGUCACGGCGGUCGGUCCAAUCAUCGCAGAGGAGCGCAAGAAGUUGUCCCCCCAGACUUUGUGCUGUCACUUGUUCUUUUUCGCAACUUGUUGAAGGAGGCCUCAUGUUGUCCUCUUCUUCGUGCUCCUCUUCCUCUUCCUCCCCCUGACCCCACUACCCCUCUACGCCACCCCCCGCACCCCCAGCCCCCCCAGCCGUGGCGGCGGGCCGGGGUGCGGGCAGAGUUCCCCCCCGGUCGGUGGCGGCGCAGGGAGCGGGUGAUGUUCGCGGCGGCUCCCGGGAUGCAGGACGCCUCCUCCCGACACUUCGCCGGCGGCGGCUUCUCGCCUCGCCGCCGCACCCCCCCGCUGGCGGCCCUGCACAGCAUGGCGGCCGACAUGAAGACCCCCUCCGGCGCCCCCCAAUACCCGGCGACGGCCUACCCGUCGUGCGCGUCCCCGACCGCCACGUCGCCCAACCCGGGCGGCGCGGCGGCGGCGGCGGCGGGCCUCAAGUCUUCCGGCGGCGGCGGCCUGCAGGGCUCGCCGCAGCUCAGCUCGUCGGCGACGCCCCACGGCAUCAACGACAUCCUCAACCGGCCCAGGGCGGCGCUGUCCUCGGUGGCCUCGGCCUCCCUGGGGGUCCUGAGCUCCCUGCAGCCGCCGCAGCCGCCGCCGCCGCCGCCGGUGCCGCCGGUGCCGCCGGCCGGACUCUACUUCUCGCCGGGAAUCGCCGCCGCCGCCGCGAUGGUCCGGUAUCCCCCCAAGCCCCUGAGCGAGCUGCCCGGCUGCAGGACCCCCCUUUUCUGGCCGGGGGUCAUGCAGGGUGCCCACUGGAGGGACGCCCGCUUCGCCUGCUCGCCUCAGCAGAGUUGCUUGGUGCUGGAGAGCAAAGACGGAAAGCGCAAACACACCCGCCCGACUUUCUCCGGACAGCAAAUUUUCGCUCUGGAAAAAACUUUUGAACAAACGAAAUAUUUGGCGGGGCCCGAGCGAGCCAGGCUGGCCUUUUCUCUGGGGAUGACCGAGAGCCAGGUCAAGGUGUGGUUCCAGAACCGUCGCACAAAAUGGCGGAAGAAGCACGCGGCCGAGAUGGCCUCCGCCAAGCAGAAGCACGACUCGCAGACCGAGAGGUUAAAGGUCAGCUCCGACUUGGACGCGGACGACGACUUGGACGACUACGACAAACCUUUGGACCCCGACCGGCCCCCCCGCCCCCUGGACCCCCCCCGCCUCAACGGCCUCCUCCACAAGCACGCGCUCGUCGUCGUGCACGCGCCCGAGCGGGACGGAUCGUCCUCCUAAAGAAAAAAACGAACGAACAAAACAAAAAAAAGACUUUUUGACUUUCCACUUUCCUUGUAUAAAGCCUCCUUUUGGGACUGUAAAUAGAAACAAACACGUCCUCUUUUAUGAUUCCAAUUAUUAUUAUGAUGAUCAAUGCACAGACACGUGAGCAGAACACGACAUUCAGUUUAAUUUAAUUCGUGUAACGUCAGCACUUUCACUCAAUAAACACUCUUUACUAUUA